AUGGCAGGCUAUCCAAAACCACUCCCGUCAGCCACCGCUGGCCUGGCAUUUUCCCGGCUGCCGUCAGAAGAAAUCAGGAAGAUUUCAGUCAAGCAAAUCCAUGUCUCACCAGCGCUGGAUUCUAUGUUUGGUCCAGUUCCAGGAGGAGUGCAUGAUCUCGCGCUCGGUGCAAUCUCAGCACUGGAUGCAAACUGCUCAACAUGCCGGAUGAACGCUGUUCACUGCGCAGGUCAUUGCGGCCACAUCGAGCUACCAGUUCCUUGCUACCACCCACAAUACAUGGACAUGACUUUGCGUCUGCUUCGGGCCCAAUGCGCCUAUUGCUAUCGCUUCAAGGCUCCUCGAAAUGUAACGAAUCAGACCAUCUGUGCCUUGCGUCUGCUUGAAUAUGGUCUUGUCGACGACUAUCACACCAUCAGAAAUAUGCACCUGGGUGGACGACGACCGAAAAGACAAAAAACAGAUGAUGUCGUUGAAGAAAUAUUGGAAGCCGAUGAAGACGAAGACAUCGAUUCUCUGAUUGAGCGCAGAACAAGGGCCACGGAGAAAGCGAUCAAGCGUGCUCGAAGGAAGGACCUGCUUGACAUGCAGGCUUUGACGCGUAACCACAUUGCAAUCGCUGCACGGAAACAGGUCAUCACCGACUUUCUGAAAGAAGUUCCUUUGCUGAAAAGUUGUGCGAGUUGUGGCGGCGCAAGCGUGAACUUCCGGAAAGAUCGGAAUGUCAAGAUUUUCAGAAAGCCCUUGGCACAACGACAGAGAGAAGCGAUGCGUGUCUUGGGUAAGACGCUUCCGAAUCCUUUGGAGUAUCUUUUGGAAACAAAGAAGCAACAAGAAACCGCCAUGAAGAAACCUCUAGUCAAUGGUAUUCACGAUGGUGACGUUGAGAUGGCUGAUGCCAGUCAAACUUCCGCCCCUGAAACACACGGUGCAGAGGAAGAAAUUGCUCUGCGUAACGCCCUGGAGACGACAUAUGCGUCUAAGAAUGCAAAGCUGGAAGAUGAGGAGGACGUGCAGCGCUACAUGUCACCCCCAGAAGUGCAAGCAGCACUCAUUCUGCUUUUCGAAUACGAAAAUGACGUUCUCAAUCUUUUAUUCGGGUCGAAGUCGAGUCGGAAGCAGGCACUUGUCUCACCAGAUAUGUUCUUCAUGACAGCCGUCCUUGUCCCGCCCAACAAAUACCGACCCUUAUCCAGACAAGGAGCCGAGCAGAUGACUGAGGCUCAGAUCAAUGGAGCGUUGAAUCGGAUCAUCAGAGCCGCCGCCGAUGUCCGAACUAUUCGUAGAGAGAAUAGGAAAGCAAAAACGGACAAAACGGUACGGCCGCGGAGCUUCAACGAAAACAUCCAGGCAAUGAUUGUGCUACAGGAAACCGUCAAUGCACUUAUCGAUUCACCAUUGCCGGCCUCUGGCAAGCCUGUAGACCAAGGCAUCAAGCAAGUGCUAGAGAAAAAGGAAGGUCUGUUUCGCAUGCACAUGAUGGGCAAGCGUGUCAACUUUGCAGCUCGCAGCGUUAUCUCUCCGGACCCGAACAUCGAAACCAACGAAAUUGGUGUGCCUCUUGUGUUCGCUAAGAAGCUCACGUACCCUGAGCCGGUCACAAGCCACAACUUUGAUGAAUUGAGUAAGGCAGUCAUCAAUGGUCCAGACAAAUACCCGGGUGCUGCAGCAGUGGAAAAUGAGAACGGGCAGGUCUUGAGUCUCAAGCGUAAAUCGCUUGACCAACGCAGAGCUAUCGCCAAACAGCUCAUGACGUCCGUAAUACCAGGGUCGAAGGGGGAAAUAGGUAAGAAAGUUUAUCGACACCUCCAGACUGGUGAUGUGGUCAUCAUGAACCGUCAACCCACACUACACAAGCCCUCCAUGAUGGGUCACCGUGCUCGGGUGUUGACGGGACAGAAGACAAUUCGAAUGCAUUAUGCGAACUGCAAUACCUACAACGCCGACUUUGACGGUGACGAAAUGAAUAUGCAUUUCCCACAAAACGAGCUUGCUCGUACAGAAGCUCUCCAAAUAGCCGAUACUGACCACCAAUACCUCUCUGCUACUGCAGGAAAGCCAUUGCGUGGUUUGAUUCAGGACCACAUAUCUAUGGGCGUGCAGUUCACGAGUCGGGACGUGUUCCUUGACCGAGAACAGUAUCAGCAACUGCUUUACAGCUGUUUGAGACCCGAGGACUAUAAUACUGUGUUCGAAAGAAUUCAAAUGGUACCCCCUGCCAUUCUCAAGCCUAAAAUGAUGUGGACUGGUAAGCAGGUUGUCACAACCGUGCUGAAGAACAUCACACCCGAUAGAUUCCAUGGCCUGAAUCUUACGAGCAAGUCGUCUACCUCGUCAGAGUCUUGGGGAGAGAAGACCACAAACGACAGUUCCAAAUGGGAUGUGACCAGCGAAGUUGUGACCUUCCGCGACACUGAGCAAAUUGUCAUCUUCCGUGACGGCGAGCACCUCUCUGGCAUUUUGGACAAGAACCAGCUUGGUCCAAGUGCUGGCGGCUUAGUUCAUUCGAUUCACGAACUUUACGGUCACAUCACGGCUGGGAAGCUGCUUAGCAUUAUGGGUCGACUUUUGACACGAGUUCUGAAUGAACGCGCAUGGUCUUGCGGAAUGGACGACCUGUACUUGACCAAAGAGGGCGACGCCCUACGUCGAACGGAGCUGCUCAGGGGCAAGCAAAUUGGCCUUGAGACCUCGGCGGAGUAUGUCACCCUAGACAAGAAUCAAGUUGACCAAGAUGACCCUCAGCUCCUCAGCAGACUGGAAAAUGUUCUUCGAAACGACGAGCAGCUCAAUGGACUGGAUCAGCUCUAUAAGGCUAAAGUCAAGUCAAUCACUGAUAAUGUUUCGAAGAGUUGCCUUCCAGCUGGCCUUCGAAAGCCAUUUCCCAGAAAUCAGAUGCAAGCAAUGACCAUUUCUGGAGCCAAAGGAUCUAGUGUCAAUGCAAAUUUGAUCUCGUGUAACCUGGGACAGCAGGUUUUGGAAGGUAGACGAGUACCUACCAUGGUUAGUGGAAAGACCCUGCCGUCCUUCCGUGCUUUCGAGACCGAUCCUGUUGCUGGCGGGUAUGUUUCGGGACGAUUCUUGACUGGGAUCAAGCCACAAGAAUACUUCUUCCAUACGAUGUCCGGCAGAGAGGGUUUGAUUGAUACUGCGGUCAAGACAUCCAAGUCAGGCUAUCUACAACGAUGUAUUGUUAAGGGUCUUGAAGGAGCGCGUACAGAGUACGACACCUCCGUCCGUGAAACCUCCAACGGUAACGUGCUCCAAUUCCUCUACGGCGAAGACGGCCUGGAAGUCACCAAGCAAAAGCAUCUUCGCGAAUUCACCUUUUUGGCCGAGAACAACCAGUCCGUUGCCACGCUGAUGAGAGCGGAAGAAGUGCUGGAGAAGUUGCCAAACGAGGGUCUAGCCGAAGAACAGAAAGCCAUUUUGAAAUCUGUGAGAAGGAACAAACCUCGGGACCCAUUGACAGGUCUCUUUAGUCCUGCAAGCCAUUUGGGCAGCACAUCUGAGUCUUUUGCGGAAGCACUGAACGCUUACAUCAAGGAAAACCCCGACAAGCUGAUCAGGGAUAAGAAGACGAAUCCGGGAGGCAUUAUUAGUAAAAGAACGUUUCAGUCGAUCAUGGACCUGAAAUACAUGCGGUCGAUAGUGGAGCCCGGUGAAGCAGUCGGCGUUGUUGCAGCCCAGUCGGUCGGUGAGCCUUCAACACAGAUGACCUUGAAUACCUUCCAUUUAGCCGGCCACUCCGCCAAGAACGUCACCCUCGGUAUACCACGACUUCGAGAAAUCAUCAUGACUGCCUCAGCCAAGAUCAUGACCCCAACAAUGACCCUCAAGCCGAUUGAAGAGAUGACAGUUGCCGAUGGUGAAACGUUCGCAAAGAGCAUCAGUCGACUACCCCUCGCACAUGUGAUUGACACGCUUUCAGUGACUGAGAGGACCGGUGCUGGAGCUGGGCGCGAGCAUGAGAGACAUUACGAUAUCCAGAUUAAGCUGUAUGAGCCAGACGAGUACGAGAAAGAAUAUGCGAUCAAACAAGAGGACGUGCGGCUUUGUCUGGAAAAGAGAUUUUUGCCCCGUUUGAACAAGAUGAUCAAGGAUGAGUUCAAGAAGAAGACACGGGAAGCGUCACUCUCAGAAACGACUGCGGCAGUCCCCGCUGUUGGUGUCUCUGUAGGUGUCGCUGAAGAAGCUCGACCUACGAGAACAAGAACCACAGAUCGAGAAGGUGGUGAAGACGAUAUAGACGAGGACGCUGAUCCUGAUGACGCAAAAGAUGCUGCCGCGCGGAAGAGACGAGAGGACACUUUUGACGAACCCGAUGAUGAAGAAAAAGAUAUCGCCAACGAAUCGGAUGACGAGUCUAUGGCUAGUGAUGAUGAGACACUAGCGGAUGUAUUGCUGAAGAAGUCACGGACAGAGAAGCAGUCCCAAGCUCUGCGAGAGCAAAAUCCGGACGAGAGCGACGCCAAUGACGCGGUAGAUUCAGAAGAAGAGGCAAGGCAGGAACAGCUAAAAGCCAGCAUACCUCACCUUUCACGCUUCAAUUUCACCAGCAACGAAGGCAGAUCAUGUCGGAUCGUCUUGAGCUAUGACUCAAACACUCCUAAACUUCUCCUUCUACCAUUGCUCGAGAAAUGCGCGCAUAUUGCGGUCAUCCAGUCUAUUCCAGGCCUGGGCGUCUGCACACAGUUCAUGGAAGAAGUCCAUGGUCCGGACGGUAAGCCCGUCAAGCAGAUUAAUCCCGAGACUGGCAAAGAAGACAUCAAGAAGGAGCCUGUCAUCACCACGGAGGGCGUCAAUCUGCUCGCAAUGCGCGAUUACCAAGACCAGAUUAUGCCACACUCGGUGUACACGAACUCGGUCCACGAUAUGCUCAAGUAUUAUGGCGUCGAGGCUGCUCGGAUGACCAUCAUCAAAGAAAUUGACGGCGUUUUCAAGGGUCAUGGUAUCUCAGUGGAUUCUCGACACUUGAAUCUGAUUGCAGACGCCAUGACACAAUCUGGUUCAUAUCAGCCGUUCAGUCGACAUGGGCUUGUCAAGGAGGGAGGUAGUGUGCUGGCCAAGAUGAGUUUCGAGACGGUCAUGGGUUUCCUGAAAGACGCGGUCUUGUUUGGUGAGAACGAUCCGUUGCUUGGGCCCAGCGCGAGAAUUGUUGCCGGGCGCAGGGGAAAUAUUGGUACCGGUUCGUUUGAUGUCGUCAUGCCAGUCCAUUAA